AUGCGUCCCCUGGCUCUGGCCAGCGAGGUGGGAGACGGAACCCCGAGCCGGCGGGGCAGGGCCCAGCAGAUACUGGUGCUGCAGCAGAAGCUGCUGGAGCUUCAAGAUCAGCUCAAGGGCCGGCAGCGAGGACAGAACGGCGUGUGGUUUGUGUCGGCGGGGGGAAUAGAGCGCAGAGACGGAGACGGCAGGGCCGCGGCGGCGCUGCGACAGCUGGAGCGGGACAGGCGCUGCAAGCACGAGCAGGCCUGCCAACAGCUGGAGAGCACGGCCGCCCAGCUGGAGGCGGCGCGGGGCAGGGAGGGGGCGUGCCGGGCGCGCGCCAGGACCCUGGAGGCGGAGCUGGCCUGCUCGCGGGGGCAGCUGUCCUCCCUGCUCCAGAGGGACCGCAGCCACGACCGGCGGCUGGCCGAACUCGCCGAUCAGUUAUCUGCAGUAGAGAAGAAACUGUCAGAAAAACAACAAGAAAUCCAAAAUUUAGAGAGAUCAUGGCAAGCUGAAAAACAAACACUGAUGCAAGACAUUAUCAAGAAAAAUGCCAAGAUUGAAGAGUUGCAGUCCUAUUUGGUUACAAAAAAUAUUUCUGCUGAAACACCAAGAGAAGAAGCCAGAUCUUCAACAGACACGACUGCGGUGCUCUGUCGGUGGCGAGGGAGGCAGAGAGGGCGCGCCUGCUGGAACUUGUCGCAGUUCUGAAUCAGCGUUUGGACAGUCAGCGGCAACAAGUCACCCAAGC